AUGGGCUUAGUUGAAAAGCUUCUCGUCCCAGACGAGAAUAUUCUCUCCGAAAUCCUCCCAGACGUCAUCGAUCUCAAGUCAACUAGCUACAGCAUCAUCUCAAACACAUUUAACACGUGUACGUUUAGAAUUCAGCUUGAGACCGCGCCGCUUCUGGACUACCCCAAGGAUCUUAUUGUCCGACUGGAGAAAUCGGGAAGGUCAUUGGCCGCAUUGGCAACUUUUCAGCGUUUAGCAAGCUCUCACCUCAACGAUCUCAUUCCGUCAGUCUUGCAGGUGCGCACCACAACUACUGCAGCGACAGAAGUCGACUACUUUGUGACUCCAUAUUUUACGGGAACGAUUACCCUCGAGGAUGUGUGGGAUACGCUUGACGAAACCAAUCAGCUGGAGCUGGUGAAUAAUGUCAUUCUUGCUGUGGAUAAGCUUCAGAAGCUAGACCUUGGCCAAAGCCUGAAGGGUACCCCUUACAUAUCAAUCGACGAUAACUCUCCCCAGCCCGUCAAGAUUGCGAUCGGUGAUCUGACCCAUGGAUUUUUUCCAAGUGCCAAGGAGUUCUUGCAAGGACUCCUCCCAUCGGAUAAUAAGAAACCACCUGAUUGGAAGCUGUUGGAGCUUGGCGACGGAAUAACAAUUCAGUCUGCACAUGAAGAUAUAGGUCAGAUUGACUUGUCCAACUCCGAGCUCGAUGAGCUCCAGAAGCAUGCCGUCUUAUGCCACAACGACCUUGAGCCCCGCAACAUUCUCGUUAGAAAGGGAUCUACAAAAUACGAGCUAGCCGGCAUUAUUGACUGGGAUAUGGCGGGCUUCUUCCCAUUCGCCUACGAAUAUGGCUAUAAGGAUACGGUCUUGGGUAACUCGAACCUGUCCUUUAGCUGGUAUACUAUGUUCAAAAACCAGUCGUCCUAUCUGCUGCCCCGAGGGGAGUGCCAUACAAAACUUAUCAAGGCGCUCCGGAUUAUCGACCACUCAACGAAGAGAUCCAGGGAAGGAAAGUUCAGCACAGUGGUUCAGAUAAGGUGGUUGCAGAGGGAACAGGUAGAGGAAUCUUCAGACCUCCGUCAAGGUUGGGUUCGCAAAGCUGGUGCGAAUCCUCCCAAGGGGUUUUCAAAGGAUGACCAAACCAACCUCGAGGAAGAGGUCCUGAAGGAACUAGGCCUUAUAUGA